CAAUACACAUCCCCCCAUUCGCCAGUCAGUAAGCAUUCCAGCAAGUUGUCCAGCUUCGUUCUGUUUUUUCCAAGUGCUCACUAGCUAAUUGAGAACGAUGAUGUCGUCGCGGAAGAAGAUCACCCCCAUGUUCAACGACUAUCUGUAUGAAGCCAUUCGACGGAUCGCCAUCGAGCAGGGAUUCACCCCAGAUCUGUUUUCGGUUGACUUCGAUGAAGAGACCUGUAUCGAGUGUGACGGAUUUGUGAACUUUGUGUUCAAAGCAAUCAUCAACGGGGACGAUCGUGAAUUUGUGCUGUGGUGUAAAGUGCCGCCUAAUGAUGAUCAGCGAUCGUUGGCUCUGUUCAAGCGAGAGGUGUUCUUCUAUCGUGAGAUUUUGCCAGCUUUCUACAAGUUUCAAGCGGAAAAGGGUAUCUCCCGGGAAAAGGGAGAAGGAUUCUACAGUGUGCCGAAGUGUUAUCUGGCCCAUUGUGAUACGGAAAAGGAGGAACCGGAAGCAGCCAUAAUUCUGGAGUACGACGAAAACUAUGAAAAGUGGGACUGGGAUAAACUGGAACCCAUCAAUCUGGAGCACACGAAGCUCUUGAUGGAACAGCUAGGUCGUCUGCAUGCCAUUUCCUUUGCCAUGAAAGCCCAGAAGCCGGAGCUGUUCGAAAAUUUCAUAUUGAAAGAUGUCCUCGUCGCGAACAACGAUCUGAUAACGCUGAUGAAGGAAUCGUUUGAUCGGGCGUUGACGACAAUGAAAACGCGUUUCGCUGCAGAACAGGAUAAGAUUCAGCGGAUAAAGGAGGACGUGUUUCGGGAGUUGACGGCGUGUUCGGAUCCGGAAAAAGCGGAGCCGUACUGCGUUGUCAGUCAUGGCGAUUGCUGGAUCAAUAAUCUUAUCUAUUCGCACGACGAGCACAACGCCGCCACCAGUGUCAUCCUCACGGACUGGCAAUCGUCCCGCUAUGCGAGCCCCUUCCUGGACCUGGGUUACUUUUUCUUCAUUUGUGCCGGUGCCCAGUUUCGCAAGGACCACAUGGACGCCAUGCUGCAGCACUACCACAACGCACUCAAGGACCUGCUGGAUCGCCUGGGAGGUGACACCACCACGCAGUUCCCCUUCACUGCGCUGCUGCGGAUAGUGAAACCCUAUCGGGAGUUGCUGCUGGACGGAUGAUGGCGAAAAAAAAUAGAUAUGGGUCAUUCCAUACCAAGUGUGCACCAGCACAACGUGUAAUCGACCGUCACUGAUUUCAACAAAAUGUUGGUUGAAUGUUGAUUCGCUUGAUAGAUAGAAAAAUCCACAUUUUUUAUGUCUAUUGGACCAACCCUCGUAAUUGGGAAUUUGUCAAAAACCUAUGAUAUAAAUAUAUUUUGAAAUAACAA